AUUCUACUGAACUAGUGCCCCAAGCCAUUGAUGCUUCAACUGCGGUGUUUAGCACCGCUGAGUUUCCAGUCCUCGCAAUGGCAGCUCCAGGCAGUUCUGCGUCUACCACCAGAGCUCCGCCAUCUCGCUCUGCGACCCUUCUCAACUUUGAAUUCGCCGCUGUCCCAUCCUCAGAACGGUAGUCAAGAUGACAACCCCGAUGAAGGAGGGCAUAUCAGGACUAGCCUGCAGAAGAGAGAUGGACGCGUUUCGAAAAACACUUUGCCGCCCUCGAAGACGGAGGAGCGGAAACAUAAACGAGGGCACAAAAUCGAGACACGGGUACAAUCGAUAAACGCGGGACAUCAGCAACUGUCCAGUGUUAGUAUAGGCGACCGUAAGAUAAACGGCAUGCAUAGCACAAACACCACAAUAAGUCGAGAUGGGAAGAACAGGGAGGGUACAACGAAUGCCGGGAAGGCGAGAACAAACAGAACAAAGAACUCUCAAGGACGCGACCCUGGGACACAUCCUCGGAGGAGCCCAUCACGGCAAAUAAGCAACAGUAAUGGACUAAACAACAAAUCGGGCAGCCAAUUGUUCUCGGGCCAUGCUGAAGCCAAGGCCAGACCACGACUUCCGACCCGUCCCAAAGACAAGUUGUUGAAGAACUCCAAUGGUGUAUCAGAUGCACCGGCGACUCGGAAGCGCUCUCGACCGCUCAAGGAUGCGUCGAGCGGAUCAGCCGAAUCAUGGCUUGACGAUCAAGGACCUGCUAAAACCUCAAUGGUGAAAAACGAGUCGUUCCAAAAAAAAACUCCGCCGCUCCGGCGUCCGACUUCAAAACAACGCCCACAUUUUCCCUCUAAACGCACUGAAGAUCAAUCUGCCCUUGCUACUAGUAAUCAACAGUUGCCGAGUGGACCUGAAGUUGCCGAUAACGAUGCUGAAUCGAAAGACUCAAAGCCAUCACCUUUAACAACUGAGUUUGCUGAUGGCAGCGGGCCUGUCCAUGCUCAUAAUAAACAUCUCGACACUUUCCCAGACGCGUCCAUUCUAUCGGACCUGAAACGGCAAAUUGAAGAGCUGACCAGCUUGCUCAAAGCCCAAGCGGCUCAACAACGACAAACGCAGUCCGGCGGAGCGCUAUCUCAGGUGAUUGAGAAGGCAAGCGAUCUCGUAGCAAAACUCAGACAUUCGGAUACGCAAGAAUCUACUGUGGAAGCAGGGGACAGGCGGUACCAGGCCACUCGGAAGGAACAUGAGAAAAAUGCGUCAUUGCCGCAUGGGGACGAAUUCAAGGUUGGGCAGGACGCUGUGAAUCAGUCUACCGAGCUAUCGAAACCCGAAGGUGGAUUGGUAAAGGUUCGCGAAGCAACCAAUGACGGCGUCGAGUCAGCGCGAAGCACCACUUCCACAAACGAUGAUGAUGUCGGGUCUCUGUACGAACAACUGUUCCCUGAAGAGUCGCAGCCGUACCAGCAUCGUCCAUCUGCAGACGCAGAGGUUCCUCGCGUUCCAAUCUCAGAUGUCGCUGACCCAGCCCUCUCUCCCAGCGCCAAGCCAAGAGCUCAGCCAAAAAGCGAGCAGCUGGCCUCCCUGUACGAUGCCCAGCAGGAUCGCACGAAGACGGUGCUCGUUCUCCGCGGAGCGUCCAAGUCUCUGACUGAAGACGACUUCCGGCGGGCUGUGCCGCGAGGCAAGCACAUCCAAGAGUGGACGCUGCGGGGGGAGUACGAGCGGGUGAUACCCGUGCGGGACUUCUGGACGCUUGAGCGCACAGGCGACUACUACAUCGUGUUUAAGUACGCUGCGGCGGCAGAGGCGUUUCUGCAGCAUGCCAGGCGAGUGUUCAGUCUCAUGAGCGCGCACACGCCGGACAGCCUGCUGAGUCCUCUCCGGCCGGCACCGCGUGGCCUGUUGGGCGACGAGAUCGAGGACGAGGUGCAGCUUGUGCGGAACUUCACGCUGUUCACGCCCAGCAUGGGAUUCCCGCUCGAGCGGGCGCGUAAGGGGAUCAAGAGCGAGGUCCUGCGCCGAGGUGGCUACCCACAGGCGCUGUCUGGCAGCCUGACGCCCGAAACGCCGCAGGUCCUGCUCGAAAUGGACGGCGGCAACAUGCCCAACUGGUUUCAGGUCCGUGACGCUAUCGCUCGCGACGGCAACCGCCGCGGCACGCCCUGGACACUGCUGCCGGGCGAGCUUGGCAUCCGCCGGCUGGAGAUGAAGCGGCCCGGCAGCGAAGACUCGGGCGCCGACGGCCGCGACGGCGAGCAUGACGGCGACGUGGACGACGCGGUGCUGCUAGCCCAGGAUAGGGUUAGACAGGGCCGCAACGGCCAGCGCUGGCUCGUCGCCUUCACGGAGCGGCACGAGGCCCAGCGCUUCGCCCGCACCUGGCACAUGCGCCCCUUUCCCUGGGUGGACGCCGAGCUGCGGCGCGACCUCAUCUACAAGGGCGUCACGCGCGUCAAGGCAGAACUCCUGUGGUGAUAGUUUGAAGGGUGACAAAGCAGGCGGACAAUGGGAGGGCACACAAGCGCCUUCGGCAGGCUUGGGACGAGCCAACCACAGUCCAAUUUAUGAAAACCCCCUUUUUCAUUUUUUUUCACCCUUCCUUUUCCUCUUCUCUCCAGGCCCCUUUCUAACCCAACGUCCC